AGCAGUCAACAUUCAAUUCGUGAAAAAUCAAAGUCAAAACCGCAGAAAAAUCAAAUUCAAAAUUAAAUUCCAAAUCAAAAAUCGAAACCAGAUAGGCUUCUCCCUCCGAUCCAUUCCUUCAUCAAUUCUUCCUCUCCUCUUCACCGCCAUAGCUGAAUCUUCUUCUUUCUCUCAGAUCUUCAUUUUCUUCGUACUCUUUUAUUUUCCAAAGAGAUCUGAUUAGUUUUCACAUCACAAGAAGAUGAUUACGAUUCCAUAUUUGACUGCAUUAACUACCUACAUCAGUUAUGGCUUGUUGUUUGUUUUUGGUCAAUUACGUGAUUUUUUCCGUAAAAUUAUCGAUUGGUGGACUUCUAGCAGUCUACAGGGUUAUUCACCGAUAUGCUUAGGUCUGGAAGAUUUCUAUAUUCGUCGUCUUUAUCUUCGAAUUCAGGAUUGUUUUGGACGACCAAUUGCAAGCGCCCCUGAUGCUUGGUUUGAUAUGGUGGAGCGCUAUUCUAAUGACCGUAACAAGACAUUGAAACGAACGGACAAAGUCAAGCAUUGUCUUAAUUUGGGCUCGUACAAUUACCUUGGUUUUGCUGCAGCAGAUGAGUAUUGCACACCUCAUGUGAUUGAAUCAUUAAAGCAGUUUUCUGCGAGCACCUGUAGCCCCCGUGUUGAUGGAGGAACUACUAUACUGCACGCUGAAUUAGAGGAAUGUGUGGCGAAUUUUGUUGGCAAGCCGUCUGCCUUAGUAUUUGGAAUGGGAUAUGUUACAAAUUCUGCUAUUAUUCCUGUUUUGAUUGGGAAGGGUGGGUUGAUCAUUAGUGAUUCCCUGAAUCACAGCUCCAUUGUCAAUGGUGCUCGCGGAUCCGGGGCUGCCAUUAGGGUUUUCCAACAUAACACCCCAUCUCACUUGGAAAAAGUUUUGAGAGAACAAAUUGCUGAGGGCCAACCUAGGACGCACAGACCAUGGAAGAAAAUUAUUGUUGUUGUGGAGGGCAUAUAUAGUAUGGAGGGGGAACUCUGCAAGCUUCCUGAAAUAGUUGCAAUUUGCAAAAAAUACAAGGCAUAUGUUUACCUGGAUGAGGCACACAGCAUUGGAGCUGUAGGGCAAACAGGUAGAGGCGUUUGUGAGCUAUUAGGAGUUGAUACAGCUGAUGUGGAUAUCAUGAUGGGAACUUUUACAAAAUCAUUUGGAUCUUGUGGUGGUUAUAUUGCUGGCUCAAAGGAGCUUAUUCAAUAUCUGAAGUACACAUGUCCUGCUCAUCUUUAUGGGACAUCAAUAUCACCACCAGCUGCACAACAGAUUAUUUCUGCAAUAAAGGUUCUUCUCGGAGAGGAUGGUUCCAGUAGAGGUGCCCAGAAACUCGCCAGAAUCCGUGAGAACAGUAACUUCUUCAGAUCCGAACUGCAAAAAAUGGGUUUUGAAGUCCUAGGGGAUAAUGAUUCCCCUGUGAUGCCCAUAAUGCUCUACAAUCCGUCCAAAAUUCCUGCAUUUUCUAGGGAGUGCCUCAAGCAAAAUGUAGCUGUUGUCGUUGUUGGAUUUCCAGCAACACCACUAUUGUUGGCAAGGGCCCGUAUAUGCAUAUCUGCUUCUCAUUCAAGAGAAGACCUUGUUAAAGCUCUCCAGGUCAUUAGUAACGUUGGGGACCUGAUUGGGAUAAAGUACUUCCCAGCGGAGCCAAAAAGGAUCGAGGAGAUGACGCAAAUGAAACUGGACUAAGAUUAUUCAAUUUUAUGGGAGUAAAAAUGCCAAAUUUAGGUUUGAUGCUAGUGUGCAAAAUUAUUAGCCAUAAAUUUUUUAGUGUCUCCAGAAGCGGAGAUACUUGUGUUGCAUGUCCGGAAGUUAAGCUGUAUUGUCUUGUUUGUCCCUGCUCUCUGCCGCUUCAUCUUAUUUUUGUCUGACUGUAAUAGUCUUAUUUCUCUUCGAUAGUCGUCUUACUCGAAUGGGGCUCGGACGUUGCUUCUGUAAAUAUUGAUUGUUGUCCGUUUUGAAGUUAAUUUGUUUACCAUUAUUUCAAUUUUGUUCCUUUUUAGAAAAUGAUAUCUUUUCUCAUGUCUAAAUUGGUUUGGACUGUAACAUUCAUUUCAUGUUAUUUGUUUAAACUUCAAAAUUCUUUGUUCUUUUUACGAAGCAAAAUAUUUGUAUAAUUGUAUGUAUGUUCCAUUUUUUACAAAAUAAUAUGGUCGAAAAAAGUACAUUUUGAGGGAAAAAGUUUAAAUUAACAUUGGCUGCUGCUUUAAGAAUUCAGUGGAAAACAAUUAUUAGAAUUUCAAAUAUUUGACCUUUAACCAAUUAGCUGGAUUGGAGAAGGUAAUGAUGAACAAGUGGAUAACGAGAGAGAGAAAGGGGUGAUUUUGAGAGAUGGUUUAUGUAAUGGUAGAGUUUAAUAAUUC